ACCUGUCGAAAAGCAGGAAGUGCUGAAUCUACAUUGACAGCGGUGCAGAUCUGUGUUUAUCUCUGUAUUAAUGACACUCUGGUGCAAAAACUUAAUCACAAGCAGCUUAUUCUUCUUAACGGAACAGAUAUUCACCACGUAACCCGCCCUCGGAGGAACAUAUGAUCGAGGUUUGAGGGACCUGUGGAGAAAAUGAGUCGAAGCCGGAACCCUCCGCAGAAGGGCCAGGGGGCCUCCAAGGCCAAACAGAUGGGAUUGCUGUUGGAUUUGGCUCCUGACGAUGGGCUGGAUGACUCUGGAGGAAAUGAUGUGGAGCUGGAGGCGGAGCUUCUGGCAUUGAUGGGAGGAGGAGGAGGGAGGGGCGGCGCAGCGGCCAAGAAACCUGGAGGAAAAGCUCCAGUGCCCAUGGAGGACAUUGAGCGCAUGGCAGCCCGUUGUAUGAAAGACCUGGACGAGGACGGAGACGAUGAUGGGGAUUUGGAGAACGAUGCUGAUCUCUUGGCUGAGUUGAAUGAGGUGCUGGAAGACGAUGAGGAGCAAGGGGUCAGGAAACCCCCUCCGUCACCAGUGCCGCCUCAACGCUCAAAUGCAGCGCCCGCAUCCCAGAAUGCACCUACCAGCCUGGAGGCUCGCCUGCAAGAGCGCUUGGACAUGUACCAAACGGCCAUUACCAACGCCAAGGCCACGGGGGAGACCAGCAAAGCACGGCGAUACGACCGCGGACUGAAGACUCUACAGUCUAUGUUGACGUUGGUUAAAAAGGGGAAACCCAUCGAUGAAGAUGAGAUUCCUCCUCCUGUCGCCACCGGUGGAAAACCCUCCGCUGCUCCGCAGGCCGAGCCAAUCAGAGAGCCAGAAAAGCCUGCUCCAGCAAACACGCCACCACAGAUGGCCAACGUCAAGCCAGUGCAGGACGCCCCGCCAGCCGCUCCAUCCAAACCUCAGCUGCUACUGCCUCCGUCACAAAGAGCGACGGCUGUAACACCCGACACGCCAGCCAUAUCCCCUCUCACACACACACACACACUCUGA